GCAGUGUGCAAGGGCAGUCACGCCGGUGCGUCGAAACAGACAAACAGACACACACACACACACACACACACACACACAGCAGGUUGCAGCGUCGUGCUAACAAGCAGCACCAGGGAAUGAGCCGAGGUGUGUGCCGCCGUGGUCGUGUGUCCGCUGCGCCGCCGGAACACUUCUCGCCGCCACUUUAAGGGCCGUGUGAGGCUGAGUGUGUGACACGUAGCGGGGGGGGCAUUACCCUCACACCUUGGCGUGGAGGUGACGCUGCCGCCGCUCAAGUGACUGUACGACCUUCUUUGAUGGGAUACUGACACCCGUAACACCCUCUUGUCCCCUAGUGUGUUCCUCCCCCAAGCAGUGUCUAUCUCGUGCAGCAGGCCCGGCAGGAGGCGAGGCUGGUGGAAGGCCACACACCAGGCCCCAAAUUAUCGUCCCUCUCACCCUCGUCCUCGGCGCCAUUCUCAGCCUAUGGGAAUUGUCUCUCCCGAUGUCGCUGGGAGGCUGAGGAGACCAUCUUGACGUGGACGCCUCCCCGCGAGCCGGCAGGGACAGCCCCAACAUCAAGAACUCCCCCACCCCCUCCCGGAGCCCAGAUGACCAGGAUCCUUCAGCUCCUCCUGCGCCUCCUCCUCAUGUGGAGAGGGGUCAAGGGCGCGGCGCUGCCAGUGUUCCCUAGUUUCCUGCCGCCGCUGACCACGACCUUGGUGGGACCUGCGGAGGACCUCACCACCUACCCGGAUCCCAACACGAUCUUCACGCAACAAAACAACACGGAACUUCGAUCACAAGUGGGCACAACAGCGGUGCUUCACUGUAUCGCGCACAACGUCGGAGAGAACACGGUGUCGUGGAUCAGGCGCCGCGACUACCACCUCCUCACGGUCGGAUCCCAGGCCUACAGCAGCGACGACAGGUUCCAGGUUCGCUACAUCAAGAAUGAAAAUGACUGGCAGCUGCACAUCCGCUACGUACAGGUGCGGGACGACGGUGUGUACGAGUGCCAGGUGUCCUCGCAUCCCCCUGUCAGCUUGUUCGCCACGCUGAGGGUUCUGGAGGCGACGUCGGAGAUCUUGGGCGGGCCUGAGAAGUACAUGACGGUGGGCAGCUCCCUGAGGCUGGUGUGUGUGCUGCGGGACAACACACAGCCGCCCAGCUACGUCUUCUGGUACCACGACGAGCAGAUGAUCAACUUUCAUUCCACCAGAGAAGUGAGGGUGGAGAACAACGGUGGUCUGAGCGUUCUCUUCCUGAGUAACGUUAGGCCAGCUGACUCUGGGAACUACACGUGCGCGCCCUCCAACGCACGCCAUUCCUACAUCAACAUACACGUGCUGAAAGGAGGCGAGACCCCGGCGGCCAUACACUCGGGGACCGCCACGCUCUCCUGCCCCGUCCUGCUCCUCGUGCUGCUGCUGUGGCUGGGCUGCGGACACUUCACCCUCACCUCCUGUGCCACGACUGUAGAAGGUCGCGGCGUUGGCUUGGCCGUGACCUAAAUCUAAGUUUCAAUAAUGACAAAGAAAAAGACAGACAAAUAGCAGGUGGUGUCCCCGCUUCACCCGGGCUGCCGCUACCCGGGGACACUCAAGAGCCCUGUCAUCUUGAGCGCCACCUGCCCAGCGUCCCUCCAGACCCACCUCACCACCUCACUCACUCCACACCAGUCCAGUAUUUUGAUAAAGCCGCGUGUCAGGUACAAGGUGGCGGGUCGGAGCCUGUGGAUGACUGAGAGCAAGGUGGCUGUGGUGGUGGUGGGUGGAUGAGUGUCGCGUAGUGGUGGUGGUGGGUGGCGGUGUGUGUGUGUGUGUGUGUGUGUGUGUGUGUGUGUGUGUGUUUGUGUUUGUGUGUGUGUUUAUAUAGAGGACGAAAAAAGUGGUCCAUUUCAACUUACGUGUUCGUUACUUAGAAUUUUAUUGUUAUCAUUUGGAGGUGAAUUAGUAAAAUGUUGACUUGUUGAGUAAAAGUAACAUUUUUUUUUUAUUAAGUAUGAAUGAAUCACCAAAAAGAAGAAAAAAAA